UACAACACUUCAUCUAACAUGAUCAACCUUUUGUUUCUUUCUUUCAUUCUGGUUACAACUCCGGUCACCGGAGCAUUUUGGCCGUCGUUUUCAUCACACCAUCACCACCACCAGGUGGCCGUAAAAGACGGCCACGAAGUUGUUAUCGAAUUCAAAGAACAAAGCCACAGCAGCAACAAAAUAACAAUAUACCAAACCGAUGAUUCCGGUGUCACCGGGUUCGAUUUCACCACGUUCAAAACCACCGUCGCCACCGCAUACACUAAGACGACAGGAGUCGCCAAUGUAGCGGCGGCAAAAACAGGUGAAAACGCGAUUAAUAUCAUUGCAAAAGCGAUGAAGAAGUUGGUGCAAACUAUAAGAAUGGCGGGUGUCGAUGAUGACAGCGAAGGAACGCUUAAAGACAUGGUGGUUAAACUCGAAGAAUGGGAUCCUGUCGAUUCGCCAAAACGGAUAUGUGAAGAUAUCGGACACAACGCCAGUGCGAAAAUCGAAGAAGGGGUCGAAGAAGUUAAGGAAACCGUCAAAAACAUAGUUGAAACUAGCCCGAAUGAGGUUUUAACAAGGUCGAAAACCACGAUAAACGAUGUUUUGGACAUCGUUUUAUCGGAGAGAUGGGUGACUGGUUGGUGUCACCUACUUGGGUUUUCGACCGCUUAUGGGAUGGGGGUGUGGGUAACGUCCUUUUCAGGGUGUGUUUUGGGGAAGUGUUUAACGAAACAAGAGGGUGCAAUGGUGUUGAACAUGAUGAAUAUGGUGUAUUUUAGGACUAUGGGAUGUUGUGUUGGUGCAGCUGUCUUUGGGUUUCUUGUGAGUCAAGGAAGAAGAGGGUGUUUGUAUAACAAGAUGGUGAUGUUUCAAGGGUUUAAUCUUGUUUCUGCACUUGUUAUGGUUUUGACCAAUCUUAUCUUCUUGGAGCCUCGAGCAACAAAGUUAAUAGCCCACAGAAUGAAGGGAACUGGUGAAGUUAAAAGUGUAGCAGCAAAGAAGCUAAAGAAGAUAAACACAUACAUAUCGACACUGAAUGUGUCGACAACGGUGGUGCUAACUUGGCAUCUAGCGUACAUUGGUCAACUGCUUCAAGCUCGACGCUAGCUAGCUUGAUCCCACUAGCCAUCGAUCAUCUCGAUAAUCUAUGGAUCAUGGACCGAAAGUUGGUCGGUUUUGAACUUCCAUCAUUUGAGAAAAGUAUGAACAAAUAGAAU